CCAUGAUCGAGCUCGCCCCAAGCAUGGGGAUGCCAAUGCCCAACAGGCUACAGCUAUGGCACCGACGGACGCCACCGGCAAGGCCGUCCAGACCAGUGGGGUGAGCCCAUCGAUAAGACGCCGCCCAUAUAUAAAGAAGCCGCUCCCGCGUCUGCCAGACAACGCCUACAAGAUCGUACACCGACCGAGAGGCGGACUUCGGCUCCGAGACCACACGGCCACUACACUACUGUACGCCCUGUGCCUGGACAUCGGAGUGAACUUCGGGGAAAUCAAGCAACACGACCAAGUGAUGAUCAAUCCUUUCAACAACUCCUUUACCGUGAGCACCCCUUCUAUGGAACGCGCAGGGAAAUACGCGGAAGUACAACAUAUCAAAAUUCUAGACCAAGUCUAUUCGACGUGUGCCUAUGUAGCGGCACCGGACAACAGCAUCAAGGGGAUUGCGUAUCACGUUCUAGAAGACCAAAGCCACGCCAAGAUCAUGGACGACAUCGUUAAAGUCAACCCACAGCUAGAGAUUUCGGACGCAAGAAGGAUGGGAAAAUCAUCAAAAGCCCUGUUCAUCACUUUCGCCAACACCAAGAGAGUCCCGGACUCCAUUCGAUUCGGCGGAGGAAUCCACAACUGUAACCUCUUCAGACCCAUAGUGGAAGCAUGCUACAACUGUAGAAGACCGGGACAUCGCUUGGACGUGUGUCCGGAAGAACGAAGAAACCUCUGCUACAAGUGCGGCGAUGAGCAUCCGGUCCAAGACGAGCCAACGUGCACGCCGAAGUGCAUCCUGUGCAAGGGAGAACAUUUCACGGGAUCCAAGCAGUGCAAGAUCAGAUAUGCGAGACCGCCUGCCAAGGGAAACAGGAAACAGAAUGGCAAGCCUCAAGUGGAAUUUCAGCGACCGGAGGAACAGGGAGCGCAACCUGCGCACCCGAAACAGCUGCAGCAACAGCGAGGCAGAAGCAGAUCGAGAAACCGAGCCCAGGGUAACGACCGAGGAAAACUAGACCGCUCGGAGUCCUACCCGGCGCUACCGAACGCCUGGCGGGAAGGAGCACCACAUCAGUUCUUGGGAUGCUUCCAUGGAUUCUUCUGCGGUGACGCUGCCUUAUCUUCCGUGCUUCCCUUUCACCGGCACGUGGAUGGAGGCGAUGGCGUGCCCAUGGACUGCCCUGUCACUCCUGUUGGUGAUAGCCCUGGCAUACCCCGUGGCUUUGCCGACGGCCUCCCACAUGCUUCGCUUCUAGCUGAUGUAAUCGUUGCUCUACCAAUCACCACUAAGCUGCGGUCAGCGACGUCUACACCGGAUGAUAUAAAGGUCUUAGCAACGGCACCUUCCUUCAGUGGGCAGAACAGCAACGACGCCGGAAUGUUGCUAAAACGCUGCCUGUUUUUUACGCAGGCAUGUUAUAUUCAAGGUGCCUAUAGCUACCGUUCUGAUGACCGCUUUUUGCUGCUGCUGUUCUGCCCGAACAGUGUUGUUACUUGCUGCUUUCGCAUUUUGCACUGUUACCAUAGCCUUAUCUUGAGUGGGGGCGUUGAACUUUACCCUGGACCUAGAGGGGUGCCUUCGGCAAGCACAUCAACGUCAAGCGAGGCUAAUAACACUACUACAAGUAGCAGUCAGUGCUCCCCUAGUUCCCCUCCUGAGACGGCUAAUCUUCUCGCGCAACUGUUGGCUGGUCAGAAACAAACUGCACGUGACAUUACCGAUAUCAAGGAAUCUUUUAAUUCCCGCUUCGAAGCCCUUGAAACACGUGUAUCUUGGCUCGAAUCUUCUACAGCAGCUGUUGACAGUGGUGCAACGUAUGACAAGCUUAAAGGGAAGUUGAAACGGUUUUCAAUUUCCAUGAAUUGCUGGGAUUGGGAAUAACAGACCUAAUGAUAUACGGUUCGAAAAAUGUUUCUUCGUUUUGUUUAUAUAAGGGGCAGAAAUCGCUUUCUAAAGCACCCCCGCGGACACGCCCCCAUCGCUUCCCGGAGCGCCGGGUGAGGUGGUUGCCAGAGGAGAGAACCGGCGAGAGUGACGUCAUUCGCGGGGACUGAGCUGCCGGACCGGCGUGCUGGCAUGUGCUGGCAUGCCUAUUUCCGUCCUGCGCUUUACUGAACGACGCUACGAGAGAUCUGCCGCCGCCGCCGCCGCUCAUGUUUGUUUUCUUUUGCGAUUUUCGUAAACUGUUCUUUCCUUCUGUGCUGUGUGAGUGCCUACAGCCAAGGGCGCCCAACAUGCCCUCGUUCUGUGCAGCAUUCGGUUGCGCGAACACAGGAGGGCGAGACGAUGUGAUGUUUCACAGGUUCCCGAAGGACAAGAAGCUUACAGCGCAGUGCGGUGAGUAGAGAUAAGUUCG